GCCUCAUCCUUCGCAAUUGAAGCAGCAAAUUCUCUUCGUCGCUCAAUCGCGUCCACACAGCCUACUCAGCAUUCUUGGCUCGGAAUCCAAGCAAUAACCACUGUCGUCCGCACCAAACUCUUUCCAAAUGGCUCUUACAUCUAUCAAAACCUCGGGCGACAAGAUUGAAAUUGUGAACCAGCUCUUGCUGCCGCAUACCACAGAGUUCAUCGAGAUCGACACGAUCGAGCAGGCUCACGAUGCCAUCAAGUCAAUGAAGAUCCGAGGCGCCCCAGCGAUCGCUUCGCUCGCCGCUCUGACUGUGGCCUCCCACCUGUCCCGAGCGUUACAGGCCGAUCCCGCACCUGAGUGGCUCUCUUCACCACAACUUCUGGAUCCAUACAUCACUGCACAACUUGACUUCUUGUACACUGCACGACCAACUGCAGUCAACCUCGGUGCAGCCACACGGCGCCUGAAGCACACACUUCGGACGGGCGUUGAACAAGGCAAGGACGCUAGCGCGAUUGCCCAGGACUUGAUACAAGAGGGACGUGAGAUCGAUGCAGAAGACGUCUCACGGAACAAGAGGAUGUCGAAGUGGGGAGGGGAGUGGCUGAUCGAGCAGGUGAAGGCGAAGGGCAAGUCUCCGGAGAGCCUGAACGUCAUGACGGUGUGCAAUACUGGGUCGCUGGCGACGUCUGGUUAUGGGACAGCACUGGGGUUGAUCACGUACCUUCACGAGACAAGAAAGCUCAGUCGAGCGUUCUUCACACAAUCUACGCCGUACCAUCAGGGAUCGAGACUGACGGCGCUCGAGCUCUUGACAUUGAAGAUACCUGCAACCAUGCUCUGCGAUAGCAUGGUGGGAUCGCUGUUCCAGCACAACGACAUCCACGCUGUUGUCGUAGGGGCUGACCGCAUAGCUCGGAACGGUGAUACGGCUAAUAAGGUCGGCACGUACAACGCCGCGGUGCUCGCGUCGCGGCACAAUAUACCAUUCAUUGUCGUGGCACCGGUCAGCACUGUCGACCUCGACAUAGCGGACGGCACCGCGAUUCCCAUAGAACAGAGGCCCGCCCUCGAGGCGCGACUGGUCCGAGGUGCAGUCUAUCCAUUCACGCUGAACGCGCAAGGUGUUAAAGAGCAAGCAACUGUCAUGGUAACCCCGGAGGACCUCGAGGGAGUUUACAACCCCAGUUUCGACGUUACUCCUGCUGAAUUGAUCAGUGCUAUCGUGACAGAGAAGGGCGUGGCGGUCAAGGCGGACGGGGCGAGUGGAUUUGACUUAUCGAGUAUUGUUUAAAUCGAUGUUGUUGUAGAGCUGUACGAUCAUCCUGUCGAAGUCAAUGUCGUUCUGUUUAUGUUGCUGCAGCCUGGUGGCGUUCAAGUUCAGCGUUGUCAGCCACUGGCCCACAGUUGGU